AGACGGCCAAGCCAACUUCAGGCACGCCUAAUUAGAUUACUUGGACUUGGAGGGGGGAAACGACCAAGACAGCGAAACUCGGCAUCACUCGGCAUCCUCCUAUUCCUGACGCCCUCGAGCGCCCCCUUUAUCAAUCGACCCCCGAGACGCCACCCCUACGAACUGAGAGCCUAUCCCUGAAUGCGCACUACGAUUUCCGAGACCGUCCGCCCAUGAGGGAAUGAACGGCAGCCGCAUGCCACACCACGUAACCCUGGGCCAUGGAUCUCGGGGAUUCUGAGGGAGGUUUUGGUGCCGGCGAUGGAGGGUCGCCGCCGAGGAAGAGGGACCUGCCCUCCGACCUUCCGCGCUCCCUCGAUGACAGGCGACAUGUGCCAACCGAACUAGUGCCCGAGACCGAGAUGUACGAUGGAUGGCAGGGACAAUCACAGUUUUUGACAACACCUAUGCUCGCCAAGCCCAUGACCUUUGGCGACCUAGCACUCGACGACAACUACGGCGAGGACCUGACCAAGGGGGGGCCGGAAAGCGAAUCCCGCCUGAUGGAGAUGCUCGCCGCCCAGGCCGCCCACGCAGCGGGCGCCGCUUUCGAAGACGAGGACGCCAUCGCUACCGACGAGAAUAGGUCCGCAGAUGAGAAAAGGGAUAUACUACAAAAGACAUUCAUCAUGGCUGCGAGCAAUGGCAACGUCGACUCGGUCACCAAGGUCCUCAAGGGCAAAGCGAGGCAGUACAUCGACACAAAUACCCCAGAUGACGAGGGCACGCCGGCCCUUAUAUAUGCGAGCUGUUUCGGCCACGAAUCGGUUGUCCAAGCCCUCCUCGACGCCGGAGCAGACGUCAACAAGCAGGAUCGCAACCAGUGGAGCGCCCUCAUGUGGGCCAUGACAAACCGGCACAAGGGCAUUGCGAAGCUAUUACUCGAUAACGGCGCCUCUACCGAAGCUAAAACGUCGUCGGGGAGGACGGCAUUCGACUUCGUUGCUCCCGACAGCGACAUGUCUUUCUAUCUCAGCGGGUACGGCAUCGGGACCGCCGGGGCGGUUGACGACUUCUAUAACCCAGGGUUAAGUCAGGACAAGUUCGAGGAGGAGCUCGCCGAGAACGAGAUGAGGCGCCGCAUGAUGAUGGAGAGUGCCCGCGACCUGGAAGUAGACCUUGGAAACGUGGGCAUGGAUGACCAGCCCGAGUCCCCCGAAGAACUCGAGGAGGAACAACAGGAGUUCGAUUGGUCAAGGUGUCUCCACGACCAAAUGUUCGUGUUUCAGGAGAACGAGCUGGAUCGGAUCCUAGAUAUCGUCAUCACCAAUAUGACCCCUCAACGUUCGCCAUCUCAGAAACCGGUACCCGCAAACAUGGUUUUCCUAGGUGCGCGAUACGCCCAUUAUCACUCCAGCCCCGAGCUGCUGGCGAAGCUACUCAUCACUGCCAUGGCUAAGAUCAACUCCAUGGUGGAGAAGCACCAGUGGGAUAUGACUAUCCUGGCGUUUUGGAUGUCGAAUGCCACCCUUUUACUACACUACCUCAAGAAGGACGCCGGCCUUGUCGAGGCCACUACCGAAUUCCAGGCGCAGCUCGCCGAGCUUAUAAACGAAAUAUUCAUACUAAUAGUGAGGGAUGCCGAGCGGCGGCUCGACAAGGUCCUGGACGUGGCCAUGCUGGACCACGAAACAAUACCCGGCUUCGAAGACAUAACGUUCCAGAACGAGUGGAAGAUCUUCAAGCGGAAAAAGGAAGUCAAGGAAGAGCCCCUCGAGAAGCGGUUACGGCCGCCGUCCCCCAAGCAGCGAGCGAAGCCCUCCCCGCGCAACGUUACCUCCCUUCUCUCCUCAACCCUCUUCGUCCUCGACCUCUACGACGUCCACUCGGUCAUCACGGCCCAAAUCGUCUCGCAGCUUAUCUACUGGCUCGGCGCCGAACUCUUCAACCGCAUCAUGUCGAAUCGCAAAUACCUCGCCCGCACCAAGGCCAUGCAGAUCCGCAUGAACAUAUCGACGCUCGAGGACUGGGCGCGCCAGAACAACCGCCAGCCGGAGCACUACGAGCAGGGUGAGAUGAAGUCGUCGGGCGAGGCCACCAUCGACGCCGCCCGCCGCCACCUAUCCCCCCUCAUCCAGCUACUCCAGUGGCUGCAGUGCUUCUCGUCCCUCGACGCCGACGACCUCGAGGCCCUCGUCGGCACCCUACAGCAGCUCAAGGCCCUCACCCCGCAGCAGCUCAUCCACACCGCCACGCACUACCGACCCGAGGUUGGCGAGAAAGGCCUGCCCAAGAGUGCCAUGAAGUACCUCGUCGCCAUCCAGAAAGAGGCCGCCCUCAGGAGGGAGCGGAACCGUGCUGCCGCUGCCACCGCCGCCUCCUCGCCGCCCGCCACGCCGGGGAAAUCCUCCAACGGCCACGCCGCCCCGGCCUCAACACCGGGCACCCCGAAACCGGAAACGGCGACGGCCGAGGAAGAACAAGACGGAGACGACGAGGCCCCACCGAAUCUGCUCUUCGACCCGGCCUUGAUGCUGCCCUUCACCCUCCCGAGCGUCACGGACAUGCUGGUGAGCUAUGGCGCCGGCUUCGGGGGGGUCAAUCGGGAGCGAGAGAGGAAGUACAUACCGACGAUCCCGGCCGAGUUCCUGGAGAGGAUCGAGGCCGGGGGCGGUGGUGGGGGCGGAGGUGGUAAUGGUAGUGGACAUGGGGCCGGUGGGGGGAGAAGGUUCGGGGAGGGCGAGUGGGAUGAUGAGGAUGCUUGACGACAUGUUUGUCUUUGAAAUUUAGCGGUUUGCUGCUGCCGUUUACGCGUGGGGUGGGUCCGACGUGACGACGCGCGGGGGUGAAGGGGAGACGUGGCACGGCAUGGCAUGGCAUGGCAAGAUAUGGUGGCUCAGAGUCGCACGGUGAAGGAAGACAUU